CGUCAUCUCAAAUCAAACAAAAAAUUAUUUACAAACAAAAAAGUUUCAUGUUUUCUCCAUAAUAAUAAUUUAAAUAGCAAUUUUUAAUUAUUCAAAAUUAAAAAUCGAUAGUUGGUUGGGGGAAUAAUAAUCAAUUAAACUAAUAGGGUUGAAUAUUUAUUUAUCGAAAAAAAAAAGGGUUUGUGGGGUAGCAUGCGCACUUCUCCGAAGGAUCUCUCACAAAGGCUGAUCGAAAAGGAGAGAAGUUCGCUGUAUUACUUCUGUCAGUCAGUCAGUAAUCAGCUGUAAAUCGGUAAUAAUGGCAUAGAAAGGGGCCCGUUUGGGUGUAUUUUUUAGUGCCGUCGUGCUUUAUAUCCGGACGAGACAAUGUUUAGUGGUUGUGCUGGUGUUUUUGUUAUACUUUUGCUUCUCAUUCUUCAUCCCAUUCAAAGUGCUAAUCACCUCAACGAAUACAUCAGCCACUACGAACCGCUCAGCUACGACACCAAAACCGUGCACCAUGCUCAUUUGCGAAGCAAAAAGUCGCUCAGCGCCCAUCAGGACAACCAUGUCCACGUGUCCUUUAAGGCCCACAACCGCCAUUUUCGAUUGCGGCUGAAACGCGAUCUGGAGGUUUUCGGUGACCGAAUGGAAAUCGUUGACGAUAAGGGACGGCCCAUACAUGCCGAUACGUCACAUAUUUAUAAUGGACAUCUUAUUGGCGAGCCAAAAAGUAAAGUUUUCGGUUCAAUUAUAGAUGGAGUUUUUGAAGGAAAAAUCAUAUCGCCAAAAGGCGCAUAUUUCGUUGAAAAAGCGCAUCAUUAUUUUCCACACAAAACUCAUCCUAAUAGGACGUUUCAUUCAGUUAUUUACCAUGAAGACCAUGUACAUGAUCCUUAUGAAGGGAUUAGACAAGGUCAUUCUGCUGGUUGUGGCAUAAAUGACGAUGUCGUAGCAUGGAUGGAUUCUGUUCAAAACUCAGCUGUACCAGAUCCGUUCCCAUCACCAUCUAAUGUUCAAUAUCCAGAUCAAAAAACACCAAAAAUUAAUUCUAAAAAUAGUUUUAAUAAUAUACUGCCAGAUAAAGAAGCGAACAAUAUAAAAAUCGAACAUGAUGGAUACAAAAAAUACUCAAAAGAAGCCAACGAAGGACAUACGAGACGUAAAAGAGCUGCUAGGAGGUACGAGAAUAACAAUUCUUGUUCGCUGUAUAUACAGACUGAUCCCUUAAUUUGGAAGCAUAUUAGAGAGACAUUUCCAGAGCACGCCGAUCCAAGAAAAGUAUCUGAAGUAAAUGAAAAAACAAGAGAAGAAAUUUUAUCUUUGAUUGCUCACCAUGUCACUGCCGUUAACUAUAUUUACAGAGACACAAAAUUCGAUGGAAGAAACGAACAUAGGAAUAUCAAAUUUGAAGUACAACGCAUCAAGAUUGAUGAUGAUACAUCGUGUAAAUGCACGCAUCACAAUUGCGGAGACAUGAAUCAAUUCUGUCUAGAAAAUAUUGAUGUUAGCAAUUUUCUCAAUAUCCACUCCCUGGGGAAUCACGAAGACUUUUGCCUUGCUUAUGUGUUCACUUACAGGGACUUUACCGGUGGGACUUUGGGAUUAGCUUGGGUGGCCAGUGCGUCAGGGGCUUCCGGCGGAAUUUGUGAAAAGUAUAAGACAUACACUGAAACAAUAGGUGGUAUGUAUCAGUCAACUAAAAGAUCCUUAAACACUGGAAUCAUUACUUUUGUAAACUACAACAGCCGCGUGCCACCAAAAGUUUCCCAAUUAACUUUAGCCCAUGAAAUUGGUCAUAAUUUUGGAUCGCCGCACGAUUUCCCACCAGAAUGUCGUCCAGGUGGCCUCACUGGCAACUUUAUAAUGUUCGCUUCGGCAACUAGCGGCGACCGACCGAACAAUAGUAAGUUUUCCAGUUGCUCCAUUGGCAAUAUUAGUAACGUUUUGGACGCGAUCGACGACAAUAAGAAGAGGAAUUGCUUUAGCGCGUCUGCUGGUGCAUUUUGUGGAAAUAAAAUCGUCGAAGCUGGAGAAGAAUGUGAUUGUGGCUACGAUGAUAAUGAAUGUAGGGAUAAAUGUUGCUAUCCUAGGCAAAUUAGCAAUGAAGAUAGACAAAGAAAUGUUACUGCUAUUGGGUGUAGGCGGCGUAUUGAUACUGAAUGCAGUCCGAGUCAAGGUCCUUGUUGUAACGGCGAAACAUGUAAAUUUACCUCAGCCUACCAACAGGAAUUGUGUAAACCGGACUCUGAUUGUUCUAUGUCCUCCUAUUGUAGUGGCAGAAGUUCCGAAUGUCCUGUUCCUCAACCUCGUCCUGAUAAAACUAAGUGCAAUAAUGGAACUCAAUUGUGUAUCAAGGGUGAAUGUUUAGGUUCAAUAUGUCUCGAAUGGAAUCUCCAAGCUUGCUCUCUUACCUCUCAGGACCAUCCAAAUAUAGACAAAAGAAAACUAUGCGAAUUGGCUUGUCAAAAUGGUACCGAUAUUUGUCGCAGUACCAGCGAAUUCUCAGACAAAGUGGGACUACCGCCCGGUGGCAUCAGCUUAAGGCCCGGAUCGCCUUGUGAUAAUUUCCAGGGAUACUGCGACGUGUUCCUGAAAUGUCGAGCAGUGGACGCAGACGGACCGCUAGUCCGCCUAAUGAAUCUCUUGUUGAAUAGACAGACGUUGUUAACGGUGGCCCAAUGGAUCACUGAAUAUUGGUGGGCGGUACUUUUGAUGGGCAUCGGUUUUAUUAUUUUUAUGGGGCUGUUUAUUAAAUGUUGCGCCGUGCACACGCCAUCUUCUAAUCCUAAAAAACCACCGGCUAGAAGGAUUAGUGAUACUUUGAGGAGGCCAAUGAAUACACUUCGUAGAAUGCGUCAUCACCACAGUACACCGGGUCAUAGGCCACCAGCGCCCCAUUUGCCCAGCAGAAGCCAACCGGAAAGGCCAGGACGGCCUUCAUCUAGUCAACCGGGCCCUAGAGCGGGCUACGGAGAGGGUCGGGGUCACUAUCAGGCUCCCAAAGGUAAAGGGAGCAAAUAUUAUUCCCCAUUAGCCACAGCACCGCCGCCAGCUAGUAGCUAUCAGUAUGCUGGAGCUUACGAAAUGAGAAAUAAAGUCUGACAGAAAGACGAGGGAGGAGCAAAUGAAUCGGCAGCUCCCCCUAGGGUGUCGCCGCCCCCUGAUUACCCGGGCACUCCAAUGUUGGCUAACGUAACUCUAAAUUUUGAUCAGACCAGCUCCAAUGCCACAGAACAAUUACAGCUUCCCAAUAAUUCUCGUACAAGAGUGUCCAGUCCCGAAGUAAUUGUCAGGCCGUCGGACGAAACUGUCUCUGAUUCCAUUUAUUGUGAGCAAUAGAACUUUUAGUCUGAACUAUGAGUGACAGGAGUGAAAAUUUUGAAAUGGCCAAAUGGUUGGUUGGCCAAUUUGUGCUCUGUGAUUAAACGCAUUUGUGGACGUUUUUCUAUUUUUCAAACUUAUUUGAUGGUAAAAAGCGGGUGAAAAUUGGGCCUAGUUCUUUUGUAAAAGUUAUUUUUUGAUGGAGAAACAGUUUUACAAAAGAGCUUUCAGCCCAUUUUAUUUAAAUAGUCACCUAUAGGUUUUUUAGUAAUAAUUUUAUAAACUUGAUGAAAUUGUUUUGUUUAAAAAAGAUGUAAGAUAUUGAUAAUUUUUUUAGCUUUCCUUUGAGAAAAGGCUGAUUUUCUUUUACGAAAUUCCAAUAAUGAAUAUUUUCUUUGUAAUUGUAAGUAUUAAAAAAUUGUUAGGUGUUUUUUUUUUUAAGAAAUUGUUAAAAAAAGUAAAUGUUACAAUCAUUGCCAAUUUUUUACAAUAGGUAGAAUUAUUUUUUCAAUUGAUCACACAAUUGUACCAUUUGCCAUUGAUGCACCAAAUAUCCAAAUACAUACAUAUUAUUUUUUUCUUUUUAGUUAAGUUUAUAUGGGAGGAAAAUUAACAAAUAAUAAUAAAAAUAUUGACUUUUGAAGGCAUUUAUUUGUAAAUGCGGUCAACAGUCAGUAAUUCUUAGACCAAAAAUAUUGAAAAUUCUCAAAUUGUAAUACUUAAGAUAGAAUAUUAAAUAUAUUUGAACAAAGGCAGUGGUCAAAUGAGGUUAUUAUUUUUAAAUAUUUAUCAUUUAUGUACUAAGAAACAUCUCCUUUUUUUGGGUUGCUAAUAAUUCAGAACUUGGUUUUGGGUUUUUGUUUUUCUUUUUCUUUUCUUGUUCCUCGAGGAAUUCUUCCGCUAUAUUUUGCUAACAAUUUGCUAAAGAAUUUAAUAAUAAUCAAUAAAAUACCUCAGUGACUUCCUUUUUCUUUGAAAGAAACCCAAGAAGUUGUUUUCCUGGGAGCACAAAAGUAAUCCAGAUUAUAGAACCCGUGACAUUUUGUCCCUAAUCACUUGACCACUGUAAAAAUGUAUAAUUAUUAUUAUUAUGUAUUGUAUUAUUGAACAAAAAAAAACAAAGAUUUAUCUUAUUGUAUAUUAUCAAACAAUUGUCGAAACAAUAAUUUGUAACAAAAAUAUCUAUAAAUAUUAAACUACAUUAUAUACUUGUGCAGAUCUCAUUAUAACAUUGAAUUAUUUUUUUCUGUCGUGAAUGAAAAACGCGCGGUAUUUUUAUAAACCAUUAUUGUCGAGGUAAAAGCAGAUAAAAAAAAAGUAAAGUUUCUACCAGUUGUUGAAAACUUUUUUGGAAAUGUGAUAAAACAAAAAAAAAAUUUCUCAAACUCCCCAAGUGUUUGUCUUUUUAUCCAUUAAAAGUUUAGUAAUAUCAAAAAAUUAUAUUUGAUGCUAUGUCUCUUGUAAAAUAAAUAUAAUAUUUAUGUAAAUAAGGAAAUAAUAAAAUAGUUGUUUUUAUACGAAAUUUUAUUUUUUUGUUUAUAUUCCAGUUACAUUUCGAAUCCAUUCUCUAUAGUUUGAAUUUGCUAGGCGAGUGAAGGCACCUGGAAGAAUCCCGCAUGGCUUGUAGGACCAUGAUACUAUACCCCAUUGUGUUCCGUUUAUUGUUAAUGGACCACCAGAAUCC